GAAAAAGAGGCAGGCCCAUGGGAAUCUUCCUCCAAUUGCUGGAAUACAUCAUUGAUUGGAAUCAGUUAGUUCAUGCUGUUUCCUCGCGUUUUCAACCCCCAAUCAGUUUUAUCCCGUUGCACUAGGUUUCAGAAUUAUUGUUCGGGAUCCAGAAUGCCUCUUUCCAAGUUGCAGGGCGUGAAGCUCCCCGCUUCGGCGGACUUUCAUGUGCAUCUUCGUGAUGGUGAUAUGAUGGAGCUUGUUACUCCGACUAUUAGACAGGGUGGUGUGAAUACGGUUUAUGUCAUGCCGAACUUGGUCCCUCCGGUCACUACCGUUGACCGUGCGCUUGAGUACAAGCAGCGCCUGCAGGCUAUUGAGCCCAACGUCAACUACCUCAUGUCUCUGUAUCUCCAUGAGACUGUGACUCCGGAGACCAUCAUUGAAGCCAAGAAGCGCGGCGUCACUGGUGUCAAAAGUUAUCCCGCCGGUGUGACUACCAACUCCUCCUCGGGCGUUGUCGACUACACCCAAUUCUAUCCCGUCUUCGCUGAGAUGGAGCGUCAAGAUAUGAUCCUUAACCUGCACGGCGAAGUCCCGUCCGCCGGCGAUGUGACCGUCCUGACGGCGGAGGAGCGCUUCCUUCCCACCCUGCUGCAGCUGCACGAGCGUUUCCCCAAGCUGAGGAUCAUUCUUGAGCACUGCACAACCGCUGCUGCCGUCGAAGCUGUCAAGAAGUGCGGCCCUACUGUGUCCGGAACAAUCACGGCCCACCACCUGUCCAUCAUCAUCGACUCAUGGGCUGGAGAUCCGUUCUGCUUCUGCAAGCCCGUCGCCAAGACCCCGGCGGAUCGUGAUGCUCUUCUGCGGGCAGCAGCCUCCGGCAACCCCAAGUUCUUCUUCGGCUCCGACAGUGCACCCCACCCAGCUGUCUCCAAGAGAGGUGGCGACAAGAUCGCCGCUGGUGUGUUCACCCAGCCCCACACUACUCAGCUCGUCAUCGACGCUUUCGAGCAGGCUUGCGCGAACGGCGUCCUGAAGGAGGAAGACAUUACCCCCGAGAUUAUCGAGGGCUUCAUGAGCAAGUUCGGCCGCAAAUUCUAUGGCAUCGGCGAAGAGCAGAAGGAGUUCAUCACCAUUGACAGGAAGGAUGAGAAAAUACCGAAUAUCCUGAAGUCGGACAAGGUGGACGUGGUUCCAUUCAGACGCGACCAGGAGACCUGGAGUGUGUCGUGGUCUGCAUGAACUUAACCUGCGAAAUAGACCUUCCAACGGAAAUCGACAAAGAUUUCUCCUGUGAUUCACACCUCUAGGCUGAUUUUUGAUCACCUUGCGUAAGCAUUCCCGUGACAGCCUCGAGGGCCUGUGCUUCUGUAAUAUCGAUUUUGCGGCCCGCAACGAUGGUGUUACCAUCGCUACCGACCGCCAGCUGGCCAGCCCGCUCGAGGUGCAGCCUGACUCUGCUCUCAAUGUAUUCUUGUCUCGCAUCGGCUUUCGAUUCCGUCUCCGACUUAUCUCCAGACUGUGGGAGAGUAGC